UUUUUUUUUUUUUUUUUUUUUUUUUCUCUCUUUAUUAUUGUAAGUAUGAUUUCCUUUAACUUCAUGAUACUGUACCAGCUUUACAUGGUUGUUCUUCUAUCUGUGUAGAUUCACAACAGUUUCUCUUCCAGAUUUUCGUAGAAGAACGUUAUUGAAAUCAUUUCAAGGAAAGGUAGUAAUAUUUGAUGGAGGAUUGUGAUAAUCGGCACUGGGAUGAGCUAUUCCCUGAUGCACUGGGUCUUAUAUUUAGGAAUUUGUCACUACAAGAGAUACUUGUUGUAAUCCCAAGGGUUUGCAAAUCAUGGAGAAAAACAGUGUUGGGGCCUUACUGCUGGCAGGAGAUAGACAUUUUGGAUUGGAGCUUACUUCGAGAUCCUGAUACCAUCAAUCGAAUGCUUCAAAUGUUGAUUUCAAGAAGAUCGGGUUCCCUUUGCAAGCUCUGCGUUAGCUGCCUUCCUAAUGACUCUUGUUUGUCCCUGAUUGCAGAACAUGGAACAGCUCUGCAUACAUUACGGCUACCAAGAAGUGAAAUAACGAAUUCCAUUGUAGAACAGGUUGCUGAGAGGUUUUCUGCUGUAACUUUUUUGGAUUUAAGCUUUUGUAAAAACAUUGGAGCAUCGGCUCUCGAGGCGAUUGGGAAACAUUGUGCGAACCUCACAGGGUUGCGCAGAGUUAUGUGCCCAUUUGAAGCCCUUGACAAGUCUUCUCAAGAUGAUGAGGCCCUUGCAGUUGCAUCGACAAUGCAUAAGCUCAAGCACCUUGAGAUUGCCUAUUUGCUUAUCAACACUGAAUCGGUUCUAAAAAUCCUCGAGAACUGCCCAGAUCUCGAGUAUUUAGAUGUGCAAGGGUGUUGGAAUGUGAUACCAGAUGAGACGUUCAAAAAGUUUUCGAGGGUGAAAUUGGUCGGUCCAUUGGAAGAAAUCUCAGAGUCGAACAGAUGGGACGAUUUUGAUUGCUCAAAUUAUUCAAGUUCUUCUGGCUACUUGGCGUGGGAUUUUGUGGCUGAUGAAUUAGAUGAUGAAUUUGAAAUGCUGGAGUUUUUUGGAGAUGAUUAUAGAAGUGUGGAUGAUAUGGACCAUGCUUAUUCUGAUUCAUCUGCGGGGUCUCCUUGAAUGUUGCUCCUACGCCUGGCUUUGAAAUGGUGAACCUUUUGUUUCACUUAACCAAACAAUAGAGCCCUUGAAAUUGGGUUAGCUUUAUGGUUGGUUAAACUAUGAUCAUAUCAAUACUUUUAGCCUUGUUAGUAACUCUGUAGAUUAGAAAUGGCGUCCAUUGAAGUCAGUAAGAGAUAUCCAAAUGCAGGUACAAAAAGCAGCACCAUUGAAGUUGACCCGAGUUACCUGACCAUCGACUUGGUUCGGGCUGAUCGAAAUUGAUGGCUUCCAUUGCAGUUGGUUUGUGGGAAUAUGUCUCUAGGUUUGUGAAUGUAUGGCAAUGAUUUUUUUUUCUAACCUUGUUGAGGGUGAAAUUAUCUUCUUACCAUAGGUUAGAAAAGCAUGAUAUGCCUAGAAGUUUCUUCCUCCUCUCUCAUCUCUAUAUUCAUUUCUUUCCUCUUCUUUCUCACACAUUUGUCUUCUCUCUCAUUAACUUAAGCAGGAUGAACAUUAUAUGAUCCAAAUUGAAGGCCGACAUGAUCGUUUCUGAGUACAGUAAUAGUCAAAUGAGCUUGUAUCAGAACAUGUUGUUCAA